AUGGUGGCAUCCGUUCUCCGCCCCGACCGACCCAUCUUGUAUGGGCUGGUCAUCGAAAGCCUCCUGCUCGAUUGCGUGGCUGUCUCGAGCAGUGCAAAAGCAUCGCAUCUACCGAGAGAACAUCGACAAGCUGAAUACAUUUCUCUCCCAGUCAUGGAUCUCGCAAUCUCGAAGCCAUUGACCCUGCCCUGCGGCCUAGUGCUGCCAAACCGCCUCGUCAAGGCGGCCAUGGCCGAGCAAAUGACAUCCGCAUCCAAACACCACCUCCCCGACGAGGCCUUCGACGCCGUCUACCAAACCUGGGCCAAAGGCGGCUGGGGCAUGAUCCUAACCGGCGCCGUCCAAAUCGACCCCCAAUUCCUCAACCACCCCGGCGACGCCGCCCUCCCCUCCGCCACCCCCCCGACCACCCUCCUCACCCACUCAUGGCACCGCUGGUCUUCCAGCGCCCGCGGCACCACCUCCACCACCUCCGCCCCGCCGCCCCCAAUCCCAAUAAUGCAGCUCACCCACGCCGACCGCCACUCACCCGCAGCGGGCAUGGGCAUCGGGGGCACGCGCUCGCCGUGCACGCAGACGCUGGCGGCGUCGGCGGUGCCGGUGCGGCUGGGGUCGGGGUGGCUGGCGGCGAGCGUGGCGUCGGCCGUGUUCGGGACGCCGCGGGCGCUGGGGGCGCCGGGGGAGACGGGGGCGGUGGCGGGGCGGUUCGCGGAGGCGGCGAGGGUGGCGGCGGAGGCGGGGUGGGGCGGCGUGGAGGUGUUGGCGGGGGGUGGGGGGUUGUUGGCGACCUUUCUUUCUGCGGAAAGUAACCACCGGACGGAUGCGUAUGGCGGGUCGGCGAGGAAGCGGGCGAGGAUGGUGGUGGAGGUUGUGGAGGCGAUACGGAAGGUGACGCCGGAGGAGGGGUUUUGUGUGGGUGUGAAGUUGGAUUCGGCGGAUUGUCAGACGGGUGAGGCGAUGGAGGAGGCGAUUGAGCAGAUUGGGGCGAUUUUGGAGGCUGGGAUUGACUUCUUGGAGAUCAGUGGCGGGUUAUAUGAGGAUCCGUGGAUGAUGGGCGGCGCCGGCGACGAAGAUGAAGAAGAAACUUCGGCGCGCGAAGCCUUCUUCCUAGACUUCGCAAGGUCGAUCCGCGGCCACUUCCCCUCGCUGACGCUCAUGGUCACUGGCGGGUUCCGCACGCGGCUGGGCAUGGAGGCGGCAAUAGCAGGCGGCGGUACCGACGGUACAUCAGCCUGCGACCUCGUCGGCAUCGGCCGGCCGGCGGUGUUGCAGCCCUCGGCGCCCAGGGACGUCAUCUUCAACCCGGACGUUGCGGACGAGGACGCCCGACUGCGCGAGGAGAAGGUCGAGGUGCCGAGGUGGGCGAAGCUGAGUGGCAUCAGGGCGGUGGGUUUGGGGGCUACGAGUGCUUGGUAUAGCGGCCAGAUACGGAAGUUGGCCAAAGUGAAAUGA